AUGUCCUCUCGUGCCGAUUCCGGCGCUGCGCGAGUACGCUCUCGCCGUUCCAUCGCUCAUGUACCCCGAUCUAAGAUGACGUCUGGUCUGGAUAAGGAGAAUGCGACAACAGAUAUCGGUGCUGCAACGCCACUCGGAGGCAACACUAAAACCGUGUCAAAGGAUAAGAAGUCGCGGAGUAAGAGUCUGGGUCCCGGUGGACUUGAUGCUCUGCAGAAUGCCAAUGGCAACCGGCGUAAGUCUACGGCUUCGUUUCCGCUCAAGUCCAUUCUGAAGCCUACUGUACCGGUAUCCCCUGUGCGAAACAUCCCGUCCUUCGAGGAGACACGCCGGCGCACCCCAGGUCGAAAUGCGCCAAGUCAAGAGUCCAACUGGGAAGAGAGCAGCCAAAACCAGGAAGGUCUGCUCAUCGAUUUCGCAACCCCGCCUCGACCCGCUCCGGAGGGUGACGACACCGCCAACCCGUUCGACACCUUCAAUGCGACAUCUGCGAUUCGAGAGGAAAUGGCAGCUACUAAGGAACGUGACGAGAAGGAACGCCGAGAGCGCGAAAAGCAAACCAUUCUAGAGAAGCGUGAAGCACGAAGGAAGUCUAUGGGUAAGCAACCCAACCAAUCGAAUAGCCAGAGGGUAUUCCCUGACACGCUCAACCCAGCGAACCGCCGCGUAUCAUUUGCCCCCGAGGCUACACUCCACACCUGGAAUGUGGUCGAGAUCCCCGACGACUCGACCUCUUCAUCGGCAGCAAACUCUACGCGACGUACGUCUGGGAAAGCUCAGGAACAGGCGCCUUCCUCGGUCAAGGAAAAUCCGUCAUCACCAGAGUCAGAUGCUGAAUCGGAAUUUGGGUUCUCACCUGUUGCACAUCAAGACCUAGAGCAAAUGAGAGGUCAAUCUGGGUCUUCUGCCGGUGAUGAGGGCCCCAACAUGUCUUCUAGUCCGUUUAGCGGAAGCUCGGUUGGAAGCGAAGACACGGGCGCGCAAGACGAAGAGGAGGCCGAAGAAGAUGGACACUCCUCGGAAUCUGAUGAGGGUUUUGAUGCCGAAAGCACGGCUAUGAGCAUGGAUGACAUGACAGCCCGAUCAGGUGCCAGUAUGCAAUCCGACGUUUCGAACAGUUCUAGUUCUAGUGCGAGACUCAAUGAAGCACUGCGUCAGGCUGCCAAAGAAGCUGGAACACAAGCGGUCGAUGAAGAAGAUGAAGAGGUGUCCAUGGAAAUCGCAGACCAAGAAAUUACAGGUGCUUUUCAGCCUUGGAUUAAGAAGGGUCAAAGACAAAGCUUUGACUGGUCGGAUAUCAGUGCUCGACAUGAUCAAGAGAAUGUCGAUCCUUCCAAGGCUACUUCAUCCGCAGAUGCGGCAGGGUCCGAUGGAAUGGACGAAGAUGAAGACCUUAGUAUGGAUGUGACAAACGCCAUCGGACGGAUCUUGGGCAAAUCACCUGGUCGCCGAAAGAGCGCCGUGAGUCGAAAGUCCAUGGGCCAAGAGAGCGAAUAUGAUGACCAAACCAUGGAGAUGACAAAUGUGGUUGGAGGAGGAAUUUCAGGAAUGAACCCUGUUCAGCCUGCCAAUGAUGACGAUGAUUAUGAGGAUGAAGAAAUGACCAUGGAAUUCACAUCAGCCAUUGGCAAAGUCCUGAGCAAGAUCCCGUCUGACACCCACGAUGAGCCGCCUGCCAUCCGCUCUCCUAAGUCGGACCGUAUGGACUACGAACAGGAUGAUGGCUCAGAUGAUGAGAUGGAUAUGGAAAUCACUGGCGCAGUUGGCGGAAUUUUGCCCCAGGGUCUUGAAACCCAGGAAAAAUCUCAAGCGAAGAUGCUGAUGGAGCUUGAGACCGACUCUGGCCAGCUGAACAGCUCACCUUUCCAGGAAAUUGUCCGACAGUCUCCUGCCAAGUCACCGGCAAAGUCGCCCCUCGCUUUCCAGGUGGCAGCAGUGGCUUCGGAGAACGGCAGUCCUAGUUUGGCAAGUGUCAAGUCUCGGACGCCUCGACGCAGCUCUCAUUUGGAGGUUCCAGAUUCCCAUACUCCGCGCCGAUCCCCACGUCGAUCACAGUCACCGGAAAAGAAGCAAGUGACGCCACCAAAGCAAACCACGCCUCGAACCAAGCCUACAACCCCGAGCAAGACACCUCCAUCAGCCAAUGUGUCUUUCCGGAGUGCAUCUCCGAAGAAGCUUUUCCGGCCUGACAUCGAACAGUCUGCGGGCAAGCAAAAGACUCCACGUCUCAGUAUUUUUGACCAGAACUCGGCCAGUGGAUCGUCCACCCCCCGUAUUGUCUUGCAACCUCGCGAGGGACGUCGUUCCUCCGGCCUCGGCAUCGAUAAGGAGGGACUCGGUUCCCCUCGUGUAGUUGCUCUUCUGGACAAGCGUCUAUCUCUUGGUGAAAAUACACCACAGUUCGUUCCUCAAAAGCAGCAACGAGGUGGCGUGCGCUUCGAAGAUCCCUUGAAGUUGCAAGCCGACGAGGAGAGAGAUCGCGAGGAAGAGGAACUCCGAGAAGAUGGACAUAUCCCGCCCUCCAGCUCUGCCGAUCCGGACUCAACUUCGAACUUGAGGGAUAUGAUUUCUAGCAUGAGUCCGAAGAAAAACAAACUCGGCGGCCGCAAAAGCCUUCAUGUUGGUGCCGCGCGUGGCAUUCUCGGAAAGCGACCAGCUGAGCUUGAUUUGGAUGAUGAGGAAGCCGAGAACUCUCCGAAGCGUCUUCGGGGCCAUGAUGUGAGUCCAGUCAAAGGGGUCAGACUUCCUGGCCCAUCAUCGGCCAGGAAAGACAGCGCUCGUCGAUCCAUUCUGUCACCUGUUCGCAGGGCCCGCAGCUCUUCGCCGCUGAAAGGCAGCACAACUCCCACUCAGGAACCACAGAGUGCUUCGAAGAAGGGUGUUACCCCUUUGAAGGAGGGUGUGGAUUCUCUACAUAUUGCCUCUGACCCCCAACAGCCCGAGCCCGAGGAAGAGAUUGAACCCAUUCAGCUUCAGGAUUUCCUAAAUAUGACCAACAUCCAUUUCAUGGAACUCACCACAACAAAGAGACGACACACAACUGCACCCGGAAGUACCAGCAAGAGACUAAGCCGACGGUCUACCGAGCUUAUUCCGAAGGCAGGAACGAUCACCUUUGACGAUUGCGUGGCUGCGGGAGUAUGCACGGUUCCUAUGCUGGAACUGUACCAGCAUUCCUGCCGUGAGCUGAAGUCGUAUAUCUCCGAAGGUCGCCAAGUAAUCCGAUCUAUCGAGGCCGAAACGUUCGCCGAAAAUCCUCCCCUGUUCCGGGAGUAUGUCACCGCCCCGCCUGACAUUCGAGUCAUUAUGGACAACCAAUUCCGCAACGUGAAGACUCAUGCGCGCCUUCUGAGCAAAGCCACCUGGUACGAGUGGCGCAUGAAGCUGCUGGAGGGUCUUAAAGAAGGGCUCAUUCGUCACGUUGAUGACAUGAAAGCCGACGAUGCACUGCUGUCCAAGCGUGAAGAGCUCCUCAACAACACCCUGCCCUCACUUUUGGAGAGACAAGCGUCUCUUGAACAGCAAGCAGACAAUCUGCAGCAGCUUGUUGAGGAAAUGGAGAGCUGUGACCAGAACGAGCUGCGCGGCACGCGCGAGAAGCUUUCGACCGUCGAGGAUGAGAUUGAGGCCAAGAAGAGAGAACUCGAGCAGCUCCAGGCAGAGGUCCAGGAAAAGACUGCGAUCAUCGAGGCCGGAACCGAGAUGCGCGAUGAGUACGUGGGUCAAAUCCAGGAAGCGGAGCGUGUCAAGGAGGAGUGCCGGGGAUUCAGCGCUCGCGAUAUCGGCGAACUGAAGAACUCCGUUCAGCGCAUUGAGAGUCAGACUGGCUGGUCGAUCACCUCUGCAUCGUCCCUGCCAGAGUCGUCCACCGAUCCGAUGUUGGUCAUGUCCUAUCGCGGACAACUGCAGAUCAGGUUCCACCCCAGCGCAUUUGCUACCAAGACAUCCAAUGGUGUCGACAAGGAGAACCAGCCUCUCGAGCUUAGCCUCAUUAAAGGAAAAUCCAUCUCUCCAAUCGCCUCACUCGUCCUCCAGUCAAUGCAACAGCAUCUCUCCACUAUCAAACAGUCCAAGAUUGCUCCCAGGAAACUGCUUCGAUUUGUCUCUGCCGCCUGGGAUCGCACUGCUGGCCUCGAAAACGAAGCACGCAUGCUCGAAUUUUGCGGCGUCACCCGUCUCACCCUUUCCGAGCCAGAGAACUCCUCUCUUUCCCUUCGGGCCCGCUGCAUUCUUAUCGGCAACGCAGGUCGGAAAGGUGCGAAAGUGAAGCAGAACGGGCCUAAGCGUAUCGACGUUGACUUCAAUAUCCGCACGCGCAUGAAAGCUGAGGACGACAACACGAAAGAGAUCGGCUCGCUAGAAUUCGAUAUUGACGUUCUUGCCACGAAAGUUUAUGGCUUUGGAGCGGGAAAUAAGUCUGGUCUGUCCGGCAAAGAAAUGGAAGGUAUCCUUGGGAAGGGACUUGUGCCAGAGGAUGGUGGUUCACAGCUGGGCAAUGGUGUAUGGUGCAAGGCUGUGCGAAUGCUUACCGGGUCUGUAUUUUAA